AUGUCCGUGAACGAUCCCAAUCCUGGCAGGAGUCUAGGUCUUUCUAUAAAGAAUCUCUUUCGUCCCUCCUCUCUUGCGCCUUCCUCUCCGUCGCCGCGACGCAGGGUUUCCCUUUUCCGUCGGCGUCGAAGCGUUUUUUCGCAAAAAACUCCUGAUCCUACUCCUGAUCCUAUCAAUCGCCCCUCGUCCGGGACCCCUAUGGAACCCAACAACACCCAAUUCGACCCAACCACCAUGUUUGGGAUCUCAGAGGUUUCGCAAGGCAGCUCAGGGGACAGUUUCGACCUUUGUGACUGGUUUCCGCGGUAUCAGGAUUGCCAACGGUAUUUCCUAGACCAUGCCCAACACAGUGGCCCCGUCCAGGGUCUCUCUGCGUUUCUGAACAUUCGACUCCCCUUCCAACGCCAACCCAAUCCCAUCUUCAAUUCCGCCUCGUCGAUCCCUACUCCUCCUCCUGGACAGGUAACCUCUUCCUCGUCGUCUUCGCCUCUACCGCCGUCCGUCUCCCUAAUUCCCUACAUCAGACGUCUCGUGGCCACAGGAAUGGAUUUUCCCGGUGUGCUUCAGGGGUUCUUUGGCGAUGAUUGGGGUUCAGGAAUUGGGCCGCUACACGAGCAAGAGCGUCGCAAUUAUCUAUUCGCAGCCAAGAGUGGUGGGUGGGCUGCGGUAAAGAAAGAUUACGAUAUGCCACCGCAAGAGACUAUUCCUUUCCUUCGACCGCUCCAGGGGCCGUUGGAUCCUGAGAUUGAGGCAGCCGAAAGAAGCUGGAGUGAAUGGUUGGCUAUGGAGGAUUGGAUGAUCGGGCCGCGAGCGCCCGAUCUGGACUCGUCUUCUCAGGCAUCGCAUCGACGGAGUUCUCGGGGGUAG